AUGCUACAUGCGUCCGAAUUAGACGAGAAUCAAUGGGAAUCUGUCCUCCGAAACUGCGGUCUAAUGCAUGGUUGGACGGUUGACCUGGAGAGGAACAUUGUCAAACCCGCUCCUCGAACUGCCUCGAAGACACCAGCGGAGAGGCCAGGAAAUGCCCCAGCGGCUGCUCAAGCCAAGGAGAGUAGCACAGCAAAAACGACAGACCUGACGACAAAGGCAACCGAGGGACAGCCAUCUGCAGCCCCGAAGUAUGAGGACCAAGAGGCGAAAAAAGACCAGACGCAGGAAACAAGCCCUACCACUCCCGCGGGUCCCAUUGAACCCUCCACAAAGGUGGCCCCGGCAAAGGAAAUCGUCAGCCAACUUCCCAAAAAGGCUAACGCACUGCCUUCCUUUGUGGUGAAUGAUGAGUCCAAGAUCGCCGUCUCUCUUGUAAGCCAUGAGCUCCAGGAAUCGAUGGCACGAAAUAGCUUCUCAUCUACCUCUUUCGAGAGCGAGGCAUCCGGCGGCUUCAAGGGUUUCAGCGUCGGCGUCACCGGCGGUAACAAGUCAAGUACUACGGAGGGGGGGGGGCCAAGGCGGAAACAAUAUUCGAAAAGAAACCUAGAACCGACAGAGGCCCUGCGCAGUGCGGUGGACAAGGUGCGCAGGUCUAAGAACAUCAAUGACCUCCGUGCGCUACAGGCGGAGUUCGCCCAUAUCUUUUGCCAUGAAGUCACUGUCGGAGGCAGUCUGCAGACCACCAGAGUCACCGACAGCAAAAACACUGCGAGUGAGUCCCGCCAGAAGGAGGAGUUUAAAGCACAGUGGUUCGGCAAAGGCCUCAAGCAGACAGGUUCGAACAAUGAAGACGCCAGGAAUGAAAUCGAUGUCAGUGAUAUGUCUGCAUUCGAGGCCAAGGGAGGGCAGACUAUUAUCGCCGCCAAUCCAGUGAUGUGGUGUGCAUCUUUGCUUCCGUUCAAUAACUGGAGGGUCAUCGAAAGAUCAGAGCCAUCCUUGCUCGCGACGGCCAUUAGUCACUGCAAUGACGCCAAGAUGGCUAAUGUCAAGCAAUGGUUCCUCGCUGCUGUGCCUCAGCUGCCCCAGUAUUUGACGAUCCCUCCAUCCCGUUGCCUCGAUGUGCGGUUGAAGCUCCAGUCCGACAUCCCAGGAUUCACUCGGGAAGUUGGCGACAACAACACCCCGAAAGAAAAGCAGCAUCAUAUCUGCAAUUACCUAGGUCAUCAGUUCGGCAAGGGCGUCCAUCCAAUCCGCAUGGGUCUUAAACGUAGAGAAAUAAAAGUCACUGAGACCAAAUUCGGCGGCGGUGCAUCCUUUGGAAUGCUCGUCACAGAUCUUACUAGGGAGUUCACACAGCUCAAGCACGGCAGUUUAGUCGCACUACGAAGCUGCCACGAUAAGAUGAACCUCUACCUCACUAUUUUCCGCAACGAACAGGGCGUCGUCCUGCCCGCCAUUACCGACUCAGGAGAGUUACCCAUGUGGCGAGUACAAAAGGUUGGAGGGUCUACCGCCCAGUAUAUCAAAGAGGGUGAACCUAUUCGACUAUGCUGGCGGUUUUCUGAUCAGACAUGCGGCUUCCAUAAUGGGGCAGCGAUGGUGAUAAGCCCUUCAUUGUUGACAAAGCCUGUGUUGACUAGGUUGAACGUGAUUGUGGAUAAAGGGGACAAUCUGAAGGAUAGCAUCACCUAUAACCUCUUUAAUGUCACCUUCCGAAUUGAUUUGAUCAGAAACCACGCCUCCAGUGAGAUCAUGGACUACAUGACACGAAGCCUUGAUCAACGAACCAGCACCCCCUGGUCACGGCGGAGACCGGCUCCAGGUCCACCACUUGGAGCGUGGGCGAUGCACAGCAGGCAGCGGACACCUAUGCAGAAAUAG